UUAUCAUCUUUGCCAUUGCAAGUUCUGUUGCAUUUGAACGUUUGGUAUUAUGUUGUCUUUUGGGUUGCUGAAUUACUGUUGUACGUGUAUAAAGGUGGGUAUUUAUAUCAGCGUUUUUACACAAUCAUGGAUCAAACGAGGAUGAGAGUGAGUGCAUGAGAGCAUGAUGAGAGUAGUCACGCGACGUUGGUUAGCUGUGUAUUUAAUGCUUUCCCAACACUAUCAUGUAUUCUGUUUAAGCGUAGUUUAAGUUAAAACAUAGUUGGAACAUUCAUCAAACCUUUAUUUUGUUAAUCUAGAGUUUGAACUAUUGAUCCCCGCAACAACACGUCACUGCCAACUCUCAUCGUCGUUUGGGUCUAUUACCAAAUGUCGAACCCACGCCCCAUGAGGGGCAUGGGUUCGACAUUUGGUAACAGACCCAUCAGAACUUGAUAUGACUCGAAAUUCGCUAGUAUUAACGUUUUACACAGUGGCUGUGCUUAUAUCUGACUCACGAAAAUGACACGGGGUUAUAACCUGCGCAACGGAAUUCAACGACAAAACAAAAAUAUACAACUAGAGUGAGGCAAUUAAUUGCUAAACUGAGAAAAUCCAAUGUUUUUUAAAAACUGAUUUCAAAAACUGCCAGGUAACGAAAAACCACGCAUGUACACGCUGUCUUAAAACUAUCAUUAAUGGUUCAGCUUUGGAUUGAAGUUUCUCGAGAGAUUAAAUUUUGCAAGAAAGAGGCUCGAUUUGAACUUAAAAGCAUUGAAAGAGGUUCAAGCUUAAAGGAUUAAGCUGCAUGUUUUUAAAAGUGUAGUUUCAAACUGAUUCACUCUAUUUUUCGGUCUGUUCUCGUAUUUUUGAAAGAACCGCCUCUAUAUUAUAUACAAUCUUUGCGAUUGUUUAUACGAACAUGCGCGAUCUUUUUCGAACGAAGAUAGAUAGACAAAAAUUAAGCCGCGGAUUUAAAUGAUUUAAUGAGAUUCCGCUAAUAUAGCGCCAAGGAAUUCGGCACAGGUUUCCCCAAUUAUGGCGACCCCAAUUGCUGAACAAUGUGAAUAUCAGCCUCGCGGGAACAUACCCUGCGUACCUGAUCAAAUAUUGAAAAAUAAGUGACUGUGUGUUUGUAAUUCGCGAUAACAAAGUAAUGAAAGUAGGAGAUCGAAAUUACGCUCCAGAAAUCAGAAUAUCCGGCAGGGUAUGUCGAGCAACAAGAAAUACUGUUGUCUAGAUUAAUCUUGUUAGGAAAGGCAUCAGCAGCAAACAGACCAAAGAAAAUCUCCAAAAAUAAUGCGAGGCAACUGAUGUUGACAAUGCAGUCAGCACAUUAACUUUAAAUAUAUCAAACGUAAAUUGCCUAAAAACAAAUUGAUUCAAUUUUGUUUAAAUUGGGAGGAAAAUUGGAUGAAAAAUUAGCAAAAACGUGUCUUGCUUUGCCGGGUGCCCUCUCUAAUGUUGCACAUGUUUUGAUAUAAUCUUGUAAUGUAAGUGAAUUGUUUCUAUUUCAGGUGUUAUCUUGCCUUAUCCUAAUCAAGGCUCGACACUUGCUUUGGAGAUAAUACUAUUGUUUCUGUUUGCACUUAUUGAGGCUGUUCGGUUGUUCUUCG